AGUGUUGCUAAUCAUGUGCUCAGUUUCUCAGCAUGCUGAGGAACUCAGCAGCUCGUGUCCAGCCGGGAUGUUUUGAAAUUUUAAAAUUUGACAUUCCAACUGAAAAAAACCGGGACGUUUUUGUAAUCAUGGGAAGUGUAAAGGCAUCAAAAUCCAGGAAAAUCUGUGGAAUUUCCAUAGAAGUUGAGCUGAAACAAAUGAAGAAGUAUGAGAAAAAAAUGCUGCCUUGGUUGCAGUCAGAAAUUCUGACCUGGAUCCGCCAAAAUACCAGGAUGAGGACGGAUUCUGUUAUUUACAGUGAUUGUCUCGGAAGUCCCGAUAGUGCUAUGCAAGAAAUCGUCCAAAGUAUUGUGAUAAGCGGUGAUCUCAGUAAUUCUUCCAUUGCUCUCGACGAUGUAGAUUUUUACUUCUACCAAUCCAACAAUCAUGGUCCAGAAGCUGAGAAUCUCGAUAUGGACACUGAUACCGCAGAAGAAGUCACAGCAUCGAAUCACUGGAUCCUGCCCAGUUCAGAAUUCGUCGGACUCUGGGAAAAUCUCAUUUUCGACGAUGACGUUAAGGAGAAUAUCCUGAGGUACAUGCAGACAUCGCUGAUUUUCGCCGAGAGCAAAAUCAACACCAAUUUGAUCUCCUGCAAUCGUAUCAUCUUGCUCCAUGGACCUCCGGGGACAGGGAAGACCAGCCUCUGUCGGGCUGUGGCUCAGAAAGUGUCAAUUAGGUUCCAGGACAGAUAUAAGCACAUCCAUCUGGUCGAAAUCAACAGCCACAGCCUCUUCUCGAAGUGGUUUUCCGAGAGCGGGAAGCUCGUCCAGAAGGUUUUCACGCAACUCCGGGAGCUCAUUGAGACUCCCAACACCAUGGUUUGCAUCCUGAUCGAUGAGAUUGAGUCAGUGGCCUUCUCUCGCACUGCCAUUUCCAACAAUGAACCAAGUGAUUCGAUUCGAGCGGUGAACGCGGUUUUGACACAAUUGGACCAAAUACGGAAGUUCACAAAUGUUAUUGUUCUGGCUACGUCCAAUCUCACUUCAAAUAUCGACGAAGCCUUUCUCAGUCGGGCUGACAUUAUCCAAUUCAUUCCUCCUCCUUGCGAGGCUGCCCUUCAGCAGAUCUACGUCACAAUCCUCCGCGAAUUGGUAUCCACGGGCAUUGCUAGAAUUUCCCAUAGAAAUCAGCGGCAUGUGCUGCUGCAGAAGUUGCUGGAAGGUGAGCUUGAUGCGCAGGAGGUGGGAUUUCUUCCGGAAUUCUUGCACCUCUGCCAACUGAGCCGUGGUAUCAGUGGCAGAACAGUCCGGAAACUUCCUUUCCUGGCUCACGCAAAUUUCAUUGAUGAACACGAAAAGAGAUCCAAACAUGGAGUGGAUUUGCUGGAAUUCAUCAAGGCCAUGAGCGCUGCAAUGGCCAAACACAUUUCCGACAGUGAUUGUGUGAAUAAACCGCUAAAAUAGUGUUUAUUAACUUAAUAAUGCUAAACAUCAUCGAUUAAAUUAUGGAUUCCUUCCCAUUUUAGCCACUGAUCGACUUUAAGCUGACUGCACAUCAAACUCAUUAUGGACAUAAUUGAAUUGCUCUCAUUUUUUUUUCAUCGCAGUAAUUAUUUCUUUAUUGAUCAUAGAUCAUUUGGUAAUAUUUUCCUCUUUUUCUUACCAAAAGAAUUUUCACUUAAAUAAAAAGAACUGAAGCACUUCAAUUUCAUGAAAUUAAACCUGUGAAAUGUUACUGUUGAUAGGAAAAAAGACAUAUUUUUUUUACAGACAUGGAGUUGAAAAAAACUUUGUAAAGUUAUCUGAAAUACAAGCAACAUUCAAUUUUU